CUCCUCUCAGAGUUAGGUGGAGGAGGUGCAGCAGGAGGAGGAGGCGGCCACAGGACCCAACGAUCUCCUUCUGGUUCGGGGACCCCGGACACGACGGGGUCAGGCGGGCUUGAAUGGGUUCACAGACGCGGCGGCUCGCGCACGGACUGGGACGCCAAUGAGAGCGCGCGCGCGCUAAUUAGAAAAACCUGGUGGAGCAAUUAAGCGCGAGGAGAGAAGAAGGAGGCAGGACGCGCGCACGCUGAGUGCCUGGGCUCCCAGAGAAGCUUGUUCCCGACCCGGUCCACCUUCUGGGCUUCGACUCCAGAGGAGAAAACAAGAAGUUGGAGGAGUUCAGGAGGAGGUUCGGAGCUGCGCGCGCCGGAGAGCGACCUGAUUUAGCGCUCCAGUGUCCUCGGCACCAUGAGUUGGAGUUUUCUGACGCGUCUGCUGGAUGAGAUCUCGAACCACUCCACCUUCGUGGGGAAGAUCUGGCUCACCGUGCUCAUCGUCUUCCGCAUUGUGUUGACGGCUGUCGGCGGUGAAACCAUCUACUACGAUGAGCAGAGUAAAUUUGUCUGCAACACCCAGCAGCCGGGAUGUGAGAACGUGUGCUACGAUGAAUUUGCGCCACUCUCCCACGUCCGAUUCUGGAUUUUCCAGGUGAUCAUGAUCACCACCCCAACCAUUAUGUACCUGGGCUUUGCCAUGCACAAGAUCGCCCGCAUGGACGACUGUGAGUACCGACCCGUUAGAAACAAGAAGAGGAUGCCCAUCGUCAGCCGUGGGGCGGUGCGGGACUAUGAAGAAGCAGAAGACAACGGAGAGGAAGACCCAAUGAUUGCAGAGGAGAUCGAACCAGAUAAACCAGAAAAAGUAGACAAAAGCUCAGAGAAAAAGCAUGAUGGUCGUCGGCGGAUCCUGCGUGAUGGCCUGAUGAAGGUCUACGCCUGCCAGCUGUUCUGGCGCUCCACCUUCGAGGUGGCCUUCCUGUUUGGCCAGUACGUGCUCUACGGCUUCGAGGUGAUCCCUUCCUACGUCUGCUCACGGUCUCCGUGCCCGCACACAGUGGACUGUUUCGUGUCUCGGCCGACAGAGAAGACCAUCUUCCUGCUGGUGAUGUACGUCGUGUCCUUCCUCUGCCUGCUCCUCACAGUCUUGGAAAUCAUCCAUUUGGGGGUCGGCGGCGUCCGGGAUACUUUCCGCAAGCGAGCGGCUCUCGGCUCGCGAUCUCGCCGCCUGCCUUCGGCUCGCUCCAUACCCACGGCCCCGCCCGGAUACCACGCCACCAUGAAGAAGGAGAAACUGAAGGGAGAGUUGAGGGACUUGCCCAUGGGCGACUCCGGGCGAGAGAGUUUUGGUGAUGAGGGUCCCUCAACCAGGGAGCUGGAGCGGUUGAGGAGGCACCUGAAGAUGGCGCAGCAGCAUCUGGACCUGGCAUACCAGGUGGAUGAAGGAAGUCCGUCACGCAGCAGCAGCCCAGAGGUCAACACGGCUGCCCAGACAGCUGCGGAGCAGAACCGCCUCAACUUCGCCCAAGAGAAGCAGGGAGAGUCAACCGAGAAAGGAAUCCGUGCCUGAGCAUCCUUCUACUCCUACUGGCCUUAAACAUGAAGGGGGAGCACAUAUGGGAUGCAGUCAGACCACUGAGGGAGGUGUGCGUGUGUGCGCGCACGAGUGUGUGUGUGUCUGCGCACGAGUGUGUGUGCGUACGAACGAACGAGUGUGUGUGUGUGUGUGUGUGUGUGUGUGUAUUAUUAGUCAGUAAAAACCCAGCUUCUGACUGAGCCGUGUUGUGAUGCACGUUUCAUCUUCACUACACGAAAACUUGACAUCCUGCCACAUCUGGACUUCCUGCUUCAGCUGAACGGUCUCCCAGAUGUUUCGCCCGGCUCACGUCGGACCACUCCAGACUCCUCGGGUCCUUCUGGCCGAGCAGUCACUGUUUUGUUUCACCGAGGAGGGUUCUCUCUUUGCGACCCGUCACUGAAUCGUACGGGCUGUCUGUCGAGGCUUGUUCUCGCAGCGCAGCCUGGGGUUGAGUCUCUCUCAGAGCGCGUGCCAUCUUUUUUGUUUGUUUUGUUGAAGAAGGUUGGCCUCACCCGUUCCUGAGCAGUGACUCCCAACAGAUUGCGGUUCAGUGAGUUCAUCUUUCCAUAAAUGUUCAAUGUUUCCGCUCCAAAUCAGCCGAGAUCUGUACCUGGGCAAUGCUUGAAUUCUUCUUUGAGGGUGUGGGGGGGGAGAGAAACAAAGUUGUGCAGAAAUGAUUCUCCAUCAGUUAAAAUAUUCAGUGUUUUUUAAUCAGCGCAUUUUAUUCAGCAUCAUAUAAUCCACGUCUCACUUUACAGCUUCAAAUAAUAAACCUUUUCCUGGCUUUAGACAAUAUUACAAAAGCAUCUCAAUCACUUUAAACAUUUAUAUUUUUUGCAUUUUAAUUUCUUUCUGGUGACUGCUCUCAAAAUAAACAUGCUCUUUUUUUUUUUUCCCUCUGUGCUCGGGGACCAAAAAGUUGUAAAAAC